AGUGACUCAGUUACUUACCCUCCACUAAAACACUGGCACCCUUCACACUCAGCGCUGAGCUGGGGUCUGCCAGGUGGACACAGCCUUCACCCUGGGACGUCAGAGAUUAGUGACAGAGGUGGCUCUUUAAGUGGAUAUGGGAAGCUAAGUGGACCGAAACUCAUGAACCAAAACUGAAUGAUGAAAAGAAGUGAAAAGCCAAACUGGGUUCCAACUUACGCCACCAAGGAUGAUUUUUGCCUGCUACACCAGGCCUACCAAGCCUUGAGGACACCAUCCAUCCAACCAAGAAGUCCCUAAGCAGGGGCUUGGAGAUUCAGAUCCUUGCACAAUGUCCCUCCUGGGGCAUCACACUCGGACUCAUGGAGGCAAGGCACCAUCGCAUGACCAAUGCUCGCUGCAAGAAUUAUACACAUCAGCUGAGAAUUUUAAUAACAAGAGCAAGAAAUCAAAUUUCAAAAAAAUCUGUGGCACCUCAUUUGAGGAAGCUCGCCAACUCCUUGGGAAAGACCUGAAUGCCAGACCAUUUGACAGUCGUUACGCUGUGAGAAAAGAUGAGGCCCUCCCUGCCAUGCAGACCCAAGUUAACAAGGAGGAGGAGGAGGAGAAGGAGGAGGAGGAGAAGCCCAUGUCCAUGGCAGAUCUACUUCACUACAGCCUGUUGACAGGCUUCCUGGUCCCAAUGGAGCAGCUAUCCAGGUCCCAGCAGAGACUGACCCAGGCCGGCAUCCCUCCUCCCAGGCACUCUUUCCCUUACGCUUUCAGGACAGACGAGCCCAUAGCCACUCCAACACCCACCUUUAGGAAGAGAAUUCAAAGCACCACGUUUCACAAACUUCUCCUGUCUUCUGUUGCUCCAGACCGGCUGGUCUUUGAAGAUAAAUCGAUGCGAUUCUUCUCCACAGAGCCAGGAAAGCAGUUCAUGGACCUGGUGGACCUGGAGUGGAGGUAUUUCAAGGGGCUUGCCAGGUGGGGACGUGUGCCCAUGAAGUUUUCAUUUAUGGACAUACAAUUCAACAGUGAGAAGAGAUUCGUAGAGAGCCAAGGCAUGCCUGGGCUUAUUUUUCCUCCUCUAGUUCGUAAGACUUUGGUGAUUUAUCCUCAAAUUCACUAUCAUAAAGAGGGACAUUAUUCUCUUAAAUGGGAUGUAUAGAAAACCGAAAUAUUUGGAUAUGAAUUGUUGCAUUUAAGAACAUUAAAUUUAUGGAGGAGACAGGAAAGCACCCAAUCCAUUUUUUUAUACAAUAUCUGUGCAGAGCCUAAAUUCAAAUGUUCACAUGGAGAAAAUGCCCACCUGAUCUGCUAAGGUUAGCCCUGGUUCACAUUUAUGACACUUAUCUGAAGGAGGAAUGAAGAUAUGAAAAUAACUCUCCACCAAGAAUGGAUCUUUACAGUUUUCUUGCCUGCACAAGUCUCCAAGUUGAAGUCCAGUAUCCCACUCCUCUCCAAGUUAAGUGCAUAGUAAUUCCAUCCCAUAAAAAGAGUUGAACAACACAACAAAUGGAAGAGUUAAAAAUGGCUAUAGAGACCAAUGUGAGAACUCCAAAGUACAGUCUAUUAAUACUCAGAGAAAGAAAGAAGUAACAUCCACAAACCAAGAACAGGAUGGUCCAAAAAAGGAACAAACUGAAAGUCUCGGAAGUGAAAAUAAAUCAUUAAAAUAGUAACAAUAAUAACCGACACUCCACCCCCAAAAGCAUGGAUACAUCUGGAGACAGUAUGGUGGUCUGAAAAGCUGUACUGACAAGCUUUAGCUAUAGAUAAAAAAGGGACCUGUGAAAAAUCCUAUAUAGCAAAUAGAUAAGGCAGAAGACAAGACUAGGAAAGAGGUGAUUUUUAAGUCAACAUCAAGCAUUUUGUUAUAAGAUAUAAAGAAAAGAUAUAGAGAGGUGCUUAGUGGUAGAACGCUUGUCCAGUAUGAAAGAGGCACGGGGGUCAAUCCCCAGUAGCAAAAAAGAGAAAAUAAUAAAAUGACACAAUUAUUCAGAAAUAAAGAAACACACAAAGCUGUAGCCAGAGGCUUUUCUGUGUCGUGUGGUUGCUCAGCCCCAAAUAAACACACAGAGGCUUAUAUUAAUUACAAACCGUUUGGUCUGUGGCUCAAGCUUCUUGCUAGCUAGCUCUUUCAUCUUACAUUAACCCAUUUCUUUUAAUCUAUGUUUGGCCACGUGGCUGUGGCAUUACCGGUCUGCUGGCGUGUUGCUCUUUGGGCUGGCAUCUGCUCUGUUCUGCCUUUUUUCUCCUCAUCUUUCUGCUUGGAUUUCCUGCCUGUCUAUAACCUGUCUGGCCAUAGGCCAGAGCAGCUUCUUUAUUAACUAAUGGUAGCAAAACAUAUUCACAACGUACAGAAAGACAUCCCACAGCAUGAGACUACAUGGAAAACUUUUGUCAUGUCACUAGCAAGAAAUUAGAAAUAAAUACCACCCCUGGCAACAAAGUAGCCAAACUGUAGAACAUUGAACAUCCAAAGAAGGAUGAACUUCACUCAAAUAAAUAAAUUGACAGUGAAUCUAAUUAGCAUUAAACAUUGGAAGGCAAAGGUCUCAUACUCCAAAGACUGAGGAAAGCCAACC